CAAUUCCGCAACGUAUACCAUUCCUCAAGUACGGUGUAUGCAUUCUGCUUAAAUCCUGCUGCUCGUGACUCAAUGGCCGUUUGCUUAAAAUCUGAAAUCCAAGAAAUUGAUUUGUCAAAAACAGAAAAUUUUGGUGCACCUUUAUACAGAUCGAGGUCUGUAUCCUCAUCUGGCCUGGGUCAUGAUCAUCAUAUUGAGAGUUAUCCAGACACAGAAGAAGACGAAUCAGAUUCAACAGAUGAACAUGAUUCUAUCCGAACCAACACUACAAUGAAGCAACAACAACAACAACAGCCGCGUAGAAACUUGGCUCGUACGGCAUCAUCGCAAGUCUCCGGUCAUUCUACACCCUUAAUAUCGCCAGCAGGCAGUAAAAUAAAUGACGAUCAUACUCAAAAAUCACACCAGCAUAACUUAAACCUGGAUUACCUUCAUGAUACCUUAAAAAGAUCAGCUUCCAAAGGAUCUGAUUAUGCAAGAACACCAGUCAUCGCUAGUCCUUCUGCUAUGGAGAAUUCGGAGCGAGAAAAGAUGAUUUCAUUCAGAAGGAACAUAUCUGCAACAUGUUCUGAAACACACCCGCAAUAUCCGUUUUGUGAGUAA